UACGGAAAAUCCCGGGAUCUCAAGCUCCAAAACAUGUCAAGUUGUCCGCAUGAACGUCACUACCACGCGUUUAUUGAUAAAGCUGUUGCAGAACUAACAAAAGCUCUCAGUGUCUAGAGUACAAUGUCACAUGGACAUGGAUAUUCUAAAAAGACCUGGCAUCCCUGAAGACGCGGUCCAAUAUCAGCUAUUUCUGGUUGCUGCUGACCCCUCAGCUCCGGAGAAAAGCCUCCAGCAGAUCCUGCAGGACAUCCUCGCUGAGAUCACCCCUCUCCUGGUGCCCUACAUCUGGCAACAUCAGCCCUUCAAUCUCACACACCACCCGGAGAAAGGGGAUGUGCCAGCACAUCUGGGUGGUGUUACUGAGUUUGGUGAUAAUGUGGAGGAUGAAUGGUUCAUCGUUUACCUGCUCAAACACAUCACACACACCUUUAGUGCCAUAGCUGCAGUUGUCUAUGACAAUGACGGACAAUUUCUUCUGAUUGAAGCUGCUGAACACCUGCCAAAGUGGCUGGACCCUGACAGCAGUGAAAACAGGGUAUUUCUGUAUCAUGGAGAGCUGCACAUAUUACCCAUGAGCAGUUCUUCUGGAGAGGUAGGCUUUUCAAGAGACUGCGUGCCCACUGUGCGUCAGGCUCUAGAGGUGCUGCACUCACACACUGACCGAUGUUUAGCCAAACAGACCAUACGAUCUGCUCUGAACCGAAGGAUUCAUGGGUAUCCAGAUAAAAUCCAGCAGAAUGUCCACAAUGCCCACUGUUAUGUGCCUGCGGGCAUUGCUGUGGUGUUGUCCAGGAGGCCUGAUCUUAUAGCCCCUGCCGUGUCUGCUUUCUAUCUGCGUGACCCUGUUGAUCUCCAGGCCUGCCGAACUUUCCACACCUUUCCUCCCAACACCAGAGUCAUGACGUCGGUAAAGUUUACUCGAUGCUUGUACGCACAGCUGCAGCAACAGAGUUUUGUUCCAGAUCGGCGGAGUGGUUUCAGUCUUCCCGCUCGCUCUCAUCCCCAGUACAGAGCUCACGAGCUGGGCAUGAAACUGGCUCAUGGCUUUGAAAUCUUGUGCUCCAAAAGUGGAGAGUCUUCAUCAGAUGAAGAGCCUUCAGUCAGCAGUAACCCAUUAUGGAGAGGCUUUUUAGAGAGCCUCAAAAAGAAUGGAUACUUUAAGGGGGAUCUAGAAGGAUCUGCUCGAUACAAAGAGCUUAUGACAUCAGCGGAGAGUUUCUUCAGACAGUCAGUGACAAGAACUCACCGGCCUGAUAUUCAUAAUCCUGGUGGUGAGGUGUUGAAGGUGUUACAGAGCGCCUCCUACAGUCUAGAAGACCUAAAAAGACAAGAAGCAAAUCUGCCACCAGAGGACAGUGAUGCAUGGCUGGACAUCUCACCUCAGGAGCUGGAGAGGCUGCUGGCGGAGCGAGGGGGUCGAGGAGUGACCGGUGAAGAGGUACAAGAAGAGGAAUCGGGAUACAGUCUGAUCGCUGUGACUCAAGGCAUGAAGAACUUCAUCAAUGCCAUGUCCUCGCAUGAAGGAGCUGAAAUACCAAGAUCCUGCUUGGCUGAGCCUUUUAGGUUUGAUCCAGAUUCAGUUACUAGUGCCCUUGAUAGACUUCUGGGAGCUAAAGAUGAUGAGCUAGACUCUGAUGACUUUGAGGAUGAUGACGAUGAUGAUGAAGCAGUGCAGAGCGGCGUCCCUCAGGAGCAGGCAGCCGGUGCAGAGACGCUGGACAAUCUCAGGAAAUACAUGGAUGAAAUGGACCUGGAGCUGCAAAGCACAAACAUUGGCAAAAGCUUUACUCAGAACAACAGAUCCAACAAUAAAACCGAGGCAUCUAAAAGCUCAUCUUCCACCUCGGCCUCAGAGCUCGUUGAAGAUAAAAUCCAACCGCUUGAUGUGGAUCUCAACCUGGUUACCAAUUUACUAGAGUCUCUGUCCUCUCAGGCGGGUCUGGCCGGUCCAGCGUCAAACCUACUGCAGAGUCUAGGUCUUCACAUCCCACCUGACACAGAUCAGCCCUGAAGUGGUGAAGAGACUUAUCUAACGCUGCCCACCCACACACACACACACAAACACACACUCACCGGUCCUUCACCUACUGCGCCUCUAUCUGCUGCCUGUCCUUUACGCUCCACACCCUGUUCUGAAAUAGCAGUCCGUACGCUGGUGUUUCCUUUGACACACAGCACUUCUAUUAAAAAAAACUCCAAUGGAGAUUUCUUAUUAGAGCAGUAGCAAGGGAUGAAAAGUUGCUGAUCAUGAUUUUUUCAAUCAAAUAUAAAUCUUUUUGAAUUAAGAUGGAAUUUUCUGAUGUUUGAUUUUUAAUUUUAUUUUAAAGUGAAAAUCCACCUUUUCCCACACUUUUCAGAUUAUGGGGUGCACUUCUAGUUUGGGGAACUUUCAAAAGAAACCAAAUGAAACAGUUUAUCUGAAAUAUCACGGUCAUAUUACAAAUAAUCCAUAUCUGUAGUGAAAACCGAGUGUCAAAUACAUUUUAACUUUAUGCUCUGUUUUUAUCAGUGGUGGAAAGAGUACAAAAAAAAUCAUACUCAAGUAAAAGUGCCUUUACUUACCUAAAAAUGUAGUGCAAGUAGAGUAAAAGUAUCUGUUGUAAAUAUUAUUCAAAGUAUGAGUAAAAAGACCUUUCAAAAGUACUCGUGAGUAGUGAGUAUUAUGCUGUAGAAAGCUGAUGCAUUAACAUGUCAUUUGUGGACGUGUGUAAACGUAACAUUCUGUAGUGCAUUUAGUUAUUGCCCAGCAGGCACACAACGUCAUAAGACAUUAAUAUUAGGUCAGAUUUAGGUUGUGAUGUCAGGUGACCAAAAUGUAACAUCUAGCCAGCGUCUAAGGACAACAUUUUUUUGACGUCCAAUAGUGACAUCAAUAGUUAACGUAAUGUUUCAGAUUUCUUCAAAAUAAACUCAUAAUUGUUUGGAACAA